AUGGUGGAUAUUACCGUGGCGUGCCGUGGCGCUCUUUUACUCAAGCCGGGUUUCCUAGCCGUGGGAGCGGAUCUGCUUGAAGAGCCAACGGGCGCCCUGCGUUUAAAACGCCCCAACAGAGACCAGAAAGCCACGAAGGAAGACGGUUUCGGUCCCCUGAUCGCUCUGGCUGGGUGCAGAGGGCCUCUUCCCUUGUCUCCGCCUCAGUGCCCCUCUGGGAGCAGCACGGGCUCCACUGCCCUGUGGGCCGCCUCUGGCCCUCGGACACAGACGCCCGUCCUGUGGCCCCAGCAGCUCCCGGCCAUAGGUCUUUUGUCCUUCUGGGGCUGGCAGUGCAAGACACGACUGGGGCGGCAGGAAGGCAGAGCGGGAGGCGACCCGGCCUCCCUGCCAGCAAGUAGGAGCAAUGGUGGGAACGAGGGUGCGGAGCAAGAGCAGCCGGGGCGUGGCCGUGAGAAAGUGGACUCGCCCAGGGAGGGGCCCCGGGAGGCAGGCCCGGGCCCCCCUCCAAAGCUGAAGCCGCACUGCGCUGCCCGGCGUGUUUUUAGAAGCCCUUAUGAAUUGCUCCAGACGGGGGGGGGGGGGGCGCCUCGCCGACCUGCCCUGUGCUCAGUCACAGCACCAGCAACGAGGUGGAGGCUUGUGCCCGGGGGCGGGGGGGGCUGCCAAAGGGGCAACCCGGCCGCCCUCGCCCCGUCCGGGCGGAAAGCCAGCAGGCCGGCCUCAGCCCGCUGCGCCGGGAGCUGCCGGGCCGCGCCCUGCAGCCCCCGGCGGAGAAACGAGCCGCGGGGUCCGCCGGGGCCCCUCCAGCCCGCUGCUGCGCGUCGGGCCCGGCGGCUGGGUCCGCGGCGGCGCCUCCUCCCACCUGCAAAGCGCCCCGAGCGCGUGGGGCAAGCAGCGCGCGGCGGGGCGGAGCGGGGCCCUUCCCUUCCCUUCCCUUCGCCUCGCCUCGGGGCUAGCAGGCAGCGGGGGAGCCGGGCCGGGCCGCUUCCUCCCUGGACGGCAGGCGCCUCCCCGGGCGGGGCGGGGCUUCACCUGGCCCAGGUGAGCGGCUGGCCGGCCGGCCAGGUGAUGCGCCGGCAGCUGUACAGCUUGAACGGGGCCACCUUAGUCUCCGACGUUGCCUGCGGCCGGCUCUUGGCUACUUGCAGCAGCACAAGAGGGCUCCUGUCUGUAGGUCCUCCUUGUGGGCGUCAUCAAGGCCCCUCCAUGGCCACCGUGGGGAAUGGGGUGCUGGACGGAGGCCCGAUGUUCGCUGUGAUCUGGAUCCCGUCGCCCUCGCUCAUGCCCUCCCCCAUCUUUUCCCACGUUGUUCAGGGCCCCCACGUCAAGGGCCGGGCUGUCCAGCUGAACGGGGCCACGCUGGAGGUGUGCCCCUCGCCUCCUGCCGGGCUCACCCAGAUCCAGCCUCCCUUCGAGAUCCAGCCAGUGACGCCGGCCUUGGAGGCCCGCCCGCCCCGAGAGACGUGGGGCGGCAAGUAUGAGUUCCUGCUCUCCUGCGUGGGCUACUGCGUGGGCCUGGGCAAUGUGUGGCGAUUCCCUUACCUGUGCUAUCGCAACGGCGGAGGGGUGUUCCUGAUCCCGUAUUUCCUGAUGCUCCUCUUUACUGGGCUGCCCCUCUUCUUGAUGGAGCUGAGCCUCGGCCAGUACGGGGCCACGGGGCCCAUCUCGGUCUGGAAGUGCUGCCCCCUGUUGAAAGGGAUCGGGGCCGGGAUGCUGCUGGUCUCCGCGCUCGUCUCGCUCUACUACAACGUCAUCAUUGCCUGGACGUUCUACUACCUGGGCAUGUCGCUGCAGAGCCCGCUGCCCUGGUCCUGCGAGGCCCCGCGGAACGCCCACCUCUGCCAGCCUCAGAAUGCGUCCUCCGCAAACGCCUCCCGGGUCAGCGCCAGUGAAGCCUUCUGGAACGAGCAGGUCCUCGGGGUGGUGCACAGCUCCGGCCUCGGCGACCCCGGCCCCGUGAGGUGGCCCCUGGCGCUGUGCCUGCUGCUGGCCUGGGUGGUGAUCUUCCUGUGCAUGUUGAAAGGGAUCCACAGUUCGGGCAAGGUGGUGUACUUCACGGCGACGUUUCCAUACCUGGUCCUCGCUGUGCUGAUUAUCCGGGGAGCUACGCUGGAGGGCUCCAUCGACGGCGUGCGCUUCUACCUCUCCACGGACUGGAGCCGCCUGCAGAGUGCGCAGGUCUGGAACGACGCUGCUUCCCAGAUCUUCUACUCCCUGGGCAUCGGCUUCGGAGGCCUCCUCUCCAUGGCCUCCUACAACAAGUUCGACAACAACGUGAUCAGGGACACCCUCGUCAUUGCCAUUGGGAACUGCUGCACCAGCGUCUUGGCUGGCUUUGCCAUUUUCUCCAUUUUGGGCCACAUGGCGUGGCGGAAGAAGGUGCCCGUGGGAAAGGUGGCGGAUUCAGGUCCGGGCCUGGCCUUUGUGGCCUACCCAGAAGCCCUUGCUCUGCUGCCCGGAUCAGCCUUCUGGUCUAUCCUUUUCUUCCUGAUGCUCUUCACUCUGGGCGUGGACACACUGUUUGGCAACAUGGAAGGCAUCACCACAGCGGUGAUGGACGAGUUCCCGUCCCUGCGCGACUGGAGGCGGAAAGCGCUCUUCUUGGCCGUCCUCUGCUUUGUCUUCUACCUGCUGGGCCUCCUGUUGAUUACGGAGGGUGGCAUUUAUUGGUUCACUCUCAUCGAUGCCUACAGCACGAGCUUCGGCCUCAUCAUCAUUGCUCUCUUCAUGUGCCUCGGCGUGGCCUUCUGCUACGGUGUGAACCAGUUCUGCCAAGACAUCGUUGAUAUGAUCAGCCACUGCCCGCCCUGGUGCAGCCAGCUGGUGGUUUACUUCAAAGCCUGCUGGGUGUUCUUCACACCUGGGCUGCUGCUGUUCAUCCUCUUCUACGUCUUCCUGGAUCUGUCCAGCACAACUUUGCACUACGGCACGUACGAGUACCCCCGGUGGGGGGAGGCGCUGGGUGUCUGCAUGGGGGUCGUGACCUGCAUCCAGAUCCCGCUGUGGGCUGUCAUUGCCCUCUGCAAGGAGUCAGGGACACUGACUGAUCGCUUCCGGAAAGCCAUCCGGCCUUUGAACUCUUGGCGUGCUGCAAACGGCCGCGAUUUCUCCCACGCGGUCAUCGACGUCCCGUACACCGUGAACCUGACUGACAACGACUUCACGGGUGGUUGGCAGCUGCCAGACAGCAGCGAGGCGUCACUCUGCCCGUGAGCGGAGCGAGAGGCCGGGGCGACCUGUUGCGUGCUGGCUGCCUGGGGUCCAGGUGGCUGGGGCCCAGAGCCGGGGCCAGCCCUCUUUGCCGGCAGCAACCACCUUCGGCUUCAAGUGGGCAGCCUGGAGAAGGUACAAGA